AUGGGCAGGGACAAGGACAAUGACCCGGACUGGCUCAUGAAGCAGGGCCAAAAGUACAUAUCGCCCUCCAUCGCGCAGUUGCGCCUCAAGCCGGACUGGGAGGGCGCCGCGCAGUCUUUCGAGCAGGCAGCGGCGCUGUACAAGCGCCGGUCGGAGUGGGCGAAGGCGCGUGAGGCGUUCGAGAAGGCCGCGACUGCACAGGAGAAGGCGGGGAGCAACUGGCACGCGGGGCGCGACUUCGAGGCGGCAGCGAGCAUGGCCGCGCAGGCGGGCCUCAUGGACGACGUGGCCGUCCUCUCGCGGGAGGCCUUCGAGCAGCUCCAGCUCGCCGACCGCGCGACGGCGGCGGCGCAGGCCCUGUCGAAGGGCGCGAAGUUCCUCGAGGGCUCCGCGGGCGACGUCGCGGCGCGCAUGUGGCAGGAGGCGGUGUCGACUGCCAUGGAGGACGGGAAGGACCACCUGUCGCUGGACCUGUACCGCGAGGCGGUGGGGAGCUGCCUGCGCGCCCAGCGGCCGCGGGAGGCCGCGGACCUGCUGAUGAAGUACGCGCUGGCCUGCUCGCGCACCGGCGCCAGCAACCAGCAGUGCAAGGCGUACCUGGCGGGCGUGGUGGUGCUGCUGCACAGCGGGGACGUGGCGGAGGCGUGGCAGAUGUACCAGAACGCCAUGACCGUCGACGACUUCGCGAGGAGCGACGAGGCGUUCGCGGCGGACGACCUCUUCCAGGCGUAUGCGUCCGGGGACGCGGGCAGGAUCAAGGGCGUGGUGAAGGACAAGAUGUGCUUCCAGUAUAUAGAGACGGCGGCGGCGCGGCUCGCGCGGCAGCUGCCGCAAGGGGACCUGCCGUCGAUGGCGGCGUUCGCUGCCAACGCGCUCGGCGUCCCGGGGUCGGGGCUCGGCGCCGGUGGCAUGGGGGACUUGGAGGAGGACGACCUCACGUGA